AAAUUUAGGCUGGUGCCAGAAUUCAGGAAUAAUUUUAAACAAUAACACGCUUACCGACGGGGCUCCAUACAUUAUAUUAUACAAUACUUUUGAUUGGUUUCUUGCCGUCGUCUCCUUAAAAAAUCCAUAUAAUCAAUCAUCAUGGGCAAUGCACUCAAGUCUGGGGUCCAGAGAUUCAAUGCCGAGAAUCGCGCCCACAAACUCCUUGAUAAAUCAAGUAUGAGGUCAGCCCCGAGACAUCCAACAACAGCCAAAGCUAUUCAAGAACUUCAAACCAAAAACCCUGAGGUCCUUCAUGAACAGCAAAGAAAGGAUGACAGGCUUUUAGGAUUACUACAGAAUAUCAGAGUUGACUCCACAGAUCCUGCCCAAGAAAAACCUCAAGACACAGAUCAGCCUAAUCCCUCAGCUUUGAGGGGUACGAGUAGACGUUCAUUACCACUCAAUAGAGGGCUUAUCAAACCACAAACAACGCUCUUUGAAGUACCUGAUGAAAUUCCAGACGGACGACUUACAGUACCCAUGGCGAUCGAGAUGCUCGCAAAACACAAACGUAACCCUAAGGAAUGGCCAGUUGAUCGGUUAGCGACAGAUUACAAGUUAGAUCUUAAAGAUGCAGAGAAUAUCUUGGAGUAUUUCAACUCCUUCAAAGUAAUAGCUAUACAAGAAGGUCCAUCCGCACACAAACCUAGCAUCACAGGAGGAAGGUGAUAGUUAUGCUGAUGAGGUCAAAGGUCAUUUGUCUGCGUUUAUUUUAUUGGCCCUUAAGAGACCUGGGGCCUUUCUCAAACUCCGGCCUUGGAAACGCAGCGAGUAUGAACUGGACUUUAGGCCUGUACAAUUUUUGGAGCAGUGUGUAUUUUGCAUGCAGGGGGUAGAGCCCAAGUUGACUCGAUGACAAGUCGUUAGGCGCUGCCUAUUUGUCUGCCGUUCAUGCAACAGUCACAGUGUGAUUACACACACAUACUGGGAUCGAGGGUGUGUACCGUUCCUGUAACUGCACCACACUCCAACUGCACCGCGCUUAACAAUUACCGUCUUGACUUCCAAGACUAGAGCCCAAGCCAAGGUUUGAAAUAGGCCCCAAAGCAGCCUCCGGCGGCUUUUACCAAAAUGGGGCCGCAAGAUUUAGCACACUUUCAAUCAAUCCAAAGGUCACGUCGUGAACUGAUGUAAACAUAGUAUCUUUGUAUGCAGUUCUACAACAAAACAACAAUUCUAUUUAAAAGUUUUUCAGAGGCUUUUUUUUAAAAUAAAAUUUACUGAAAAAAAUAGCAAUCAAUUUUGCCAUAUCUGAGCUUAUGGUAUGAUUACACAGAAAUGGGUUGUCUCCAAGGGGUUCUUAAAUCUUGGUUUAGGGAUGAAAUAUUUGGCGUAGUGACCAGGAGUAAUAUUAUUGGAAGUGCAAUGAUUAUUGUUGGGAAUUACGCUAUGCAAGAGAGUGGACUCUUUUAAACACAUUAUUUGUCAAACGGUAAAUCACACACAACGACUCGUUAAUAGUUCUUGAAUAAAAUUUAUUGAUAGAACUUUUUACUCUGUCUCAGGCUUAUAAUUUGAACAAAAUAUGAGGUAAAAAUGUAUGUAACAUAAGCAACGUAAAAGCCAAAAUUAAGAAUAAUAUAUUCCUCAGCAGUCAACAUUUCGUUUCCGAGUGGAAAACUUUUGACCAUGACAAGUGUCAGAGUUUUUAUUUACCAGAUAAUUCAAAAUUAAAUUCUCAAAAAAAGGAUGCAGAAAUCUGUGAAGUAGAUCUUGCGGUUUUGCAGGAAACUGAGCACAACUUGAAAAAAAAGUUGAUUAGGAAGCAUUAGUUGUUGAUUCUGUACAAUUAUAAUAAGGCAUCUGAAGGCUUCAUACUUACUUACUGACACUGAUUUUGGAAAAAAGAUCUUUUCUAUUGAAAGUAACAACUGUGUUCAUUAUUUGUAAAAUUUGAAGUGCAUGAUUUUAAACCAUUGAUGUGACAUAAGUACUGAUGCCACUUAAAACAAUUGAAAACCAUGUGUUGAACUUGCAUUUUAUUUUACUCUGGAACAAAAGGAAAUAAAAAAUCUCUAAUUGCUAUGGAAACCAAAUGAUUUUAAAAGUUUGUGAAUUAAAUCAUUGUCUUACAAUUUUAUUAAGUAUUAAUUUGUAACCGAAACCAAUAAUAUUGUCCCCUCCAUUCCAUAUGUCAUUAUUAUUUCUAUUUAGUACAGCUUUAACAAUCCAGCUAAGAUGGUUUUUUAUCAGCAAAGCUUAAGGGGAGCGCACUAUUUAUACUUCAAGUGUCCAGCACUUGAGAGCAACUUACAUGUAGCAUGCCCCUUUAAUAAGGUUUGACAAAGAGAAACAUACACAGGGCGGCAACAGAUUUUAAAAUUCCAUCGUUUUCUAAACUGCACAAGCUCAGAAUUAUUGGAAUGAUGGAAAAUUAUCUCCUUUUUUUCUUGCAACACAUUGCGUUUAAAAGUCUUUGCAAGGCUUUGUGUGUACAGGGUACAAGGUGGUAGCUACAUCCUCUGUUAUGUGAAAACAACAACCAAUAAAGUGAUGCUUGAACACGUUUCCAAAGUUUUCAAGUUUCAACCUUCUCGCAUUUAAGAAUUUAAUUUCAAGUCAGGUUAUUAUUUUGGUAAUGUGCAAACAGAUGAAUUGUUGAAAAUCAUUCAGCUUCACAAAUCUGUGGGUUUCUUUUCUUUCUUUUUUUAAUACUGGCUGAUGCAUUUAGUUCUUCUGUUUUUCAAACAGUUUCGGAUCUUUACUUCCGA